AUGAAGCGACCGCCGUCUGCGCGGCGCUCGUCCGGAAAUAGUGGCCACGGUGCUCACGUAGUGAAAACGCUUCGGGGAUUAUUUAUCCGGGGACUUAAUGGCGUGCAGGAAUGUCGAGACGAGGCGCGUUUGACGUUGACACCAAAAUGGCGCCACGCGGCCAUACCUUCGAGGGCCAUCGCGCCGGCCCGGAAAUUGAUGCGUGCAGCAUGCGUCGGAGGACAUAUCGUAAAAGCUUCGAAAGUGCUUUUUCAUUCGAAGUUUGCUGCUUCUUUUAUUAGAUACGCGCCCUUCGUCGAGGGGCCACGAGUUGGCUCGUCGCGGCUAUCGACGCCGGUCCUCGAGGAAAGCUCGAUGAAAGCUUCUCUGAAGACACCGCCGGCGUUCCACGAGCAACGGAAGCAAUUGGAACGGGCGAAAACCGGUGACCUGCUGAAGGCGAAGAUCCAGCAGAGACCGGGCCGAGAGGAGCUGGUUAGGCAGCAUAUCCUCGAGGAUGUGGGUCACGUGGAUCCGAGCCUGGCCGAGAGGCAACGGAUGCUGAAGAAGGCCAGGUUAGCCGACCAGCUGAACGACCAGCUCAGUCAUCGACCUGGACCGCUCGAGCUCAUCCAGAAAAACAUUCUCCACACGGAGGAGCCUAUUGAGAGGGCGGUCAAAGGUGAGCGCAUGCAUCAACCACCCAAUCUUAUACCUUUCGCGUUUCGUAUCUUGAUGGAUAACGUCCAGGGUCACAUUCCCUUCAAGGCCACCUGCGAGGGUCAAGUGACGAAGCCUCAGCACCCAGAUCACUACAUCACCUUCGAAGAUGACUCGCAGAGCUCGGAGGGUGCAGCCUCGCCGCAGCUGGAGUCCCGGCCGGACGUUUUGGAAACGGCGGCUGCCUCCGCUGGGAUAGUGACCGUCUCGCUUAGUAUUCCAACGACCGGCGGUGCCGUGGUAGUCUCGUCUACGUCGCCGGUGUUCCAACAGGCGUCGAACGAGCCGACGAUACAAACGUUCGCGGAACUGUGCAAUACCGUGGUCGGUUCUCAGCAGCAGCAGCAGCAGCAGCAACAACAGCAGCAACAACAACAACAACAACAACAGCAACAACAUCAGCAACAUCAACAGCAACAUCAUCAACAACAGCAACAAUCCCAGCAGCAGCAGGCUCAGCACAAUCAGCAGCAUGCUUCUACGCAGGCGAGUCAGACGAACGGUCCGUCGACGACCCUCCUACCGCUGGCGCCGGCGCCCAGUCCGAUGUCCUUGGGCUCGACCACCUCCAGCCUGAGUCCCCUUUCCAAUAUCUCGAUAGCGUCGCCACCGGCACCACCGCCCGCCGCCAUCACCCCCAGGCCGCAGCCGAGCCCCAUAGCCACCUCCGCGUGUCAAAGGAGCGACGCGCCCGGCAAGGAUAAGAACAGGAAGAAGUCGAAGACCAAGAGCCAACCCAAGACUCGUACCAUCAAGUUCCACGAGUACAAAGGGCCGCCAAACGCGCAGAAGACCUCGGUGUCGUCUACGACUUCCGGCCUCGGGUCGGCACCGCCUGGCGAGACAAGCUACGAGCUUCUCCUUCAGCAACAGCAGUUGUUCCUUCAGUGGCAGCUCGAAUGGCAGCACAAGUACCCUCAGAUCAUUCUACCGGCAGCGCAAAAGCCACUGUCUUUGAACAGCAGCGGCGCCAGCGACGCUGGCAGCAUCAGCGGAAGUAGCGUGAACGCGCCGAGCCCCGCGCCCUCGAAUUCCUCCAACAACCCCUCGGAACAGCCGCCCCUGAGGCCUUUGGGCAAGCUGGAGGACAUGAAAGUAAGCGAUCUCAAAGUGGAGUUGAAACGUCGAAAUUUGCCAGUGUCUGGCUCGAAGCCACAACUGAUCGAGAGAUUAAAGCCGUUCACGGAAUCGUCUAGCGGCAACUCGACAUCUAGCUCGAACGGGCCGCACGUGACGCACAUGGGCCACAUAUUAAUGGACACGCCGGGGCCGGUCACAUCCGACGAGUCCAGCUCCCAUGCCAAAAGUCCCAGCUCAGCCGUCAAGGACGAGCCGAACAGUCCUCGGACGGACUCGCCGCACGGUAGCGAACACGACGACCCGUCCAGUCCCCCAGGAGACGACAUAAUCAAGGAACAAAGGAAACGGAUAGAGGAGUUGCAGCGUGAAUUGUACAAGUCUCAACAGCAGCUCCAACAGAUUCGCCAGACUCAACCGUCUACGGUUCAUGCUGAGAAGUUGGUGCUGCAGCAACACAUUCAGAACAAGAUGCAACAGCAGCAGCUGGCGUUACAUUUGCAGCAGUUGCAACACUUGCAACAGCAACAACAGCAGCAACAGCAACAACAGCAGAAUCAACAGCAGUCUCAACAGCAGACGCAACAACAACACGCCACGUUCCAGCAGUUGAACGCGAAAGCAAGUCUCGCUGCGUUUCUGCAGGCGCAACCAAAUAACACUACUGCCAUUCUGGACUCUUCGACCCUAACUGCGAUUAAUAACAAGAAGAAUCAAACGAAGAACAGUGCGACCGUGCAAAUACCCGCCGCGAUAGUCUUCAACCUGCCCAAGCCAACGAAAUUAAAUGGCUCGUUGCUGAGCGCGUUAGUAAAAAUCGAACCAGUGCAAAAGAGUCACAUCAAGAGCCAAGUCGUGGACGACGUGCUGGAGAUCCUGAUCAAGAACGGCGAGCUACCACCGAGCGCCGCGCAGGAUCCAGCCACUCCGACGACACCCAACAGACAGCUGCAACAAAAUUUGGUGUUCACGGCGCCAGCGGACAGCCAGACGCACUCGUUGGUUUUUACCGCCGCUAGUCCGAUCAGCCCGAUCAGUCCGAUUGCGAUGGAGGUCUCUCAGAGCGAUUGCGUGAGUUCACCGGCGCCGGCGCCACCGCCACCGCCUCCCUUGCCUCUGGCGACCUUCUCUAUUCAGCUGCCAACCUCGUUACAACAGUUACAGCAGCAGGAAGAGAUCUCGUCGUUCAACACAGACCUGUUGGCCUCGGAGGGCGAUCUGGACGCCGCGAUGCUUCUCAGCCCGCAGUCCGGCCAGCAAGCAUCGCCGGAUCCUCAACCUCCUCAAGAGGUAACGUCGUCGGACAACGCGAAUUUAGACCUCAAGGAGCUCGAGUUGGACCUCGAGACCCUCGACACAAUGGACUUCAGCCAGUUAGAUUGCGACCUGGGAGUCAAGAUGGAAGCACCUCAGGAGUUGAUGGACAUUGGCGACAUGCCUAUGGACAUGGACGAUCCCGACUGGCUGGAUUCCCUGAUGCCACAAUCGCCCCCAACCUCGUCCACCACAAUAUCGAAUCAUCAGCCAGCCCCGCCGACCAGUUUGUCCAGCGGCACCGACAUUUACGACCCGUUGCUAGCCAGUAGUCAAGAUCCUUUUGAUCUCUUCAACAUGGAAGACUCUGACUUCAAGAUGUCUUCCGACUUGUCGCUGACCUGGGACAAAGUUGACUUCGCGACCUAG